UACCAAAUGUGCACUGACUACAAAGCACUGAACAGGGUGACUAUCAAGUCGCGUUACCCUAUCUCGCGGGCCGACGAACUGAUUGACCAACUUCGCAAAGCUCGCUUCUUCUCAAAAAUAGAUUUACGAGGGGGUUACCAUCAGAUUCGCGUAGCCGCAGGUGACUAUUACAAAACUGCGUUUUGUACUAGGUACGGGAGUUUCGAGUAUAUCUUCAGUUCCCUCGUAGAUAAGUGUGUUAUAGUCUACUUAGAUGAUAUAUUGAUCUACAGCGAGGUUUGGGAGCAGCACUUAAAGGACCUUGAAGCAGUUUUCACGCUACUACAGGAGCAUCGGCUGCUCACGAAGGGGUCUAAGUGCGAGUCCUUUAAAGACCGCUUAGAAUUUCUGGGACACGUUAUUUCCGCUAGGGGCGUCAAAGUGGACUCGCACAAAAUCGAGACGGUGCAAGCCUGGCUACCGCCUAAGAACCUGCAGGAGCUGCAAAUUUUUUUAAGGUUUGUCAAUUAUGUUCGGAGAUUUAUCCCGAGUAUGGUGAGGGUAACUGUACUGUUAGCCGACCUGAUGUGGAAAGGGACUGAGUAUAGGUGGGGGAGAAAGAGCAAGGUGCCUUCUCUGUGCUCAAAACUUUUAUGUGCUCAGCCCCUGUCCUUCGCAUCGCCAAUCCUCACCGCCCAUUCGAAGAGUCUAUUACGUAAAGACAGGACUGACCGCAUAUUGGUACCAGAGUACAGUUUAUUACAAAAGCUACUGUUACAUGAAGCCCAUGAAUGUACCGUUUCGGGGCACUUAGUAGUGGAGAAAACACCGCAGCAGUUGACCAGAUACUAUUCCUGGGCCGAUAUGGAAGGGGACGUGCAGCGGCAUGUGGUUUCGUGCAGAACCUGCCAAACCAUGAAAUCAUCAGAGCAGCCAGCUGGACAGUUGCAGCCGAUUCCACCGCCUGAACGCGCGUGGCAGCAGGUGGCGAUGGAUUUUAUUAUGGGAUUGCCUGUCAAGGACGGCUGUAAUGACGCGAUAUUUGUCAUCGUCGAUAAGCUGACGAAGAUGGCCCACUUCGCCGCCUGCAAAAAAGUAUCGCAGCCGAAGAAACGGCCGGCCUUAUCAUCUCAACCGUGGUUCGCCUCCACUGAAUUCCAUCCGCUAGCAUUUCGGAUUGUGACACAAAAUUCUGCGAUAAGUUUUGGCGCAACCUCUGGGAACAAUUUGGCACGCGUCUGCAAUUCUCCUCCGCCUACCACCCGAGACCGACGGACACACCGAACGGGCCAAUCAGACAUUGGAAUUUGCCGAAAUAUUACAGAAUGCCGGGGAACGAGCAGCCGAAGCCAUUAAGCGCGCGAAUGUUAUUUCUAAGCGCA